AGCGGGAAAGCGAAAUUCAAAAAUCUAAAGAAUUUUGAGCGAGAUGGAGGGAAUUUGAAACCAGAAAAGAAAUUUCUCAGUAUCCAGUGACCUCUGCAAUUGCCCAACCCAAACUUCCUCACCCGGCCAUGGAAGAAACCAUAUCAAGGAUAAUUGCGGAUCUCGAAGAGACCCACUGCAACCAAAACCCACCACCACCUCUUUCUCGAUCAACUCUCGAAGAUCUUCAAUCCCUCUUAGAUAACAAUGACCCAGAACUCCUUGAUCAAUUCUUCUUCGAUCUCUCCUCUAAAUCCAUCUCCCUUUCCUCACUCCUUCCUCCUCUCACUUCUACCAUGGACUCUGGCCUCACGUAUCUCUCUCUCCUGUCCUCUAAAGUUUACCUCUCUCUCCUCCUUUCUCCUAAUUCCCCUGUUUUUACUCUCUUCACACCCAUGUCUUUUCUCUCUCUUCUCCGUUCCCUUCGUCGUUCUCUCAAGCCCCGACCACUGGCUUCAAUAGGGCAAUGCUCUUCCUCCACCUCCGCGCGCGGUGGCGCCGAGUUAAAGAAGAGAAAGGGGCGAGCAUCGAAGAAUAAUAAUAAUAAUAGGAGGAAUACGGGUGCUGGCAGCGAUGAAGAUGGUAAUUAUGGUAGUGGAGAGAGGGAAAGAGGUGUUUUUGACGUCAGACUGUUAUUUUGUGUUCUUGAAAAAUUGGGUUUAGCUUUGGAUUUGAUUCAUCUCAAUAGAUUUCCUGAUAGUUUAAAGUCUUUGGUUCAUACUAUAGUGGAAAUUCCAGUUUUGGGUAUUGAAAUGGGAAGUAAUGCAGCUAAUUUUAACAGAUUGGCGGAUCUGUGUUCCACGAUUUUGCGGCAAGUCUUGAAACCUGACCAUGGAGAGGAAGGGGAGACAGCAGCGGAGGUGUUCAAAUCGUUAACGUCAUCAAUUUUGGCUGUUAAAUCACAGGCGAGGAGCUUCGCGUUGGGUUUUGUGAAGCAUUUGGUGACUGGCAUAGCCAGAAAGAAUGAGGGAGUUAAAAGAGCUGUUGUAAAUUUGCCACGCUAUUUGGCACAGAAAGCACCGGAGAAGGCAGAGCCUAGAGGGCUGGCAGUGGAGGCGAUAAUAGAAAUUGUUAGAGCUAUGGAGUUAAAACAUCAAGUUGGGUUUGUGGAAUAUGUUGUGAAAAUGACACAGGGCAAAGUUCAUCUUAGGCUUUUGGCGGUGGAUUUGAUUUUGCAUUUGAUGAUGCUGUUAAAAGAUCCAUUUGGGAUGGACUUGGACGGUGAAGUGAAAGGUUCAUGGGGGUUUGAUUGCCUGGAGGCGUUAAUUCAGCGUUGCUCAGACUCAAGUGCUGCAAUUAGAGCUCGUGCACUGUCAAAUUUGGCUCAGUUGGUGGGGUUCUUGUCAACUGAUGAUAAGAAUUGUGCGGUUUUGAAGAACGUUUUGGGUUUGGGUGAGGCGAGAACUGAAAGAAUAGAAGGUCAUAUUAAUGAUAUUUUGAGGAAAAGGUGUAUGGAUGAGAAGGCAAAUGUUAGGAGGGCUGCACUUGUUUUAGUCACCAAGUUGACUGCUCUCUUGAGUGGUAAUUUUGAUGGAAUUGUGCUCAAGACCAUGGGAAUGGCUUGUUCAGAUCCCCUUGUGAGCAUUCGUAAAGCUGCCAUUUCAGCUCUUUCCGAGGCGUUCAAGACAUUUUCAGAUAAAAUUGUGACAGUUGAGUGGCUACAUGCUGUUCCACGGUUAAUAACUGAUAACGAAUCUAGCAUUCAAGAAGAAUGUGAGAACUUGUUCCUGGAACUGGUUUUGGAUCGCAUUUCUAGAGUAGGAUCUACUGGUGAAUCCAAUUUGUUCUUUUCAAAUGUGAAAGCCAAUAGUCUAGAAAGGGAAACUGAAAUGUUAUUUCCUGAAGGAGUAUUGGUUCUUUUGAAAGAGAUCUGCAACGGAGAGGUGAUGCCUUGGGUGAGGAAAAUCUGCACAAACCUAGGUAAGAAAAAAAGGUUGAAGCCCAAAUUAGCAAAUGCACUACAAAGUAUCAUAAAGACUUCUGAGUCUCUUUGGUUGAGUCAUUCCAAACCAAUAGAAAAGUGGACAGCACCACCUGGUGCUUGGUUUCUUCUAUCAGAAGUAUCAGCUCACCUUUCAAAAGCAGUUGCCUGGGAGUUUCUCCAUCAUCACUGGCAACUCCUUGAUAAAUUUGGAGCAGCUGGUGGGUUCAACAAACCCCCUGACAUAGAAAUUAUGCAUGAAGAUGAAGAGGGCUCAGAAUCCAAUUCUGUUGCAUGGGCUGGGGAUCGUGUUUUCCUACUGCAAACAAUCUCUAAUGUUUCAGUAGAGCUUCCGCCUGAAUCUGCAGCAGAUUUAGCUCAUAAUUUGCUUAAAAGAAUUGAAGAGUUCAACAUGCAUUCAACAGAGGUUAAUGCUCAUGUUAAGGCACUCAGAACGUUGUGCAGAAGGAAGGCUUUGAAUCCUGAGGAGGCUGAUGCACUUGUCAUGAAAUGGGUGCAACAAGUUUUCUCUAAAGCUUCUAAGAUCUUGGAAAAGUUCAUUUCAGGGGAUCUGGAAGCAAAUAGUGGAAAUAGUUUCUUUACGCCCCCAAGAAGUGAAAGCACAAAAAGCAAGAAAGCAGCAGCAACGUGCCAUUUGCUCUCUGAAUCAGUAACUGCAGUUUACACUAUUGGGUCUUUGGUUACCGUUUGUCCUUCAGCUGAUGUCAGCACCAUUCUUCCUUUACUACAGACCAUCAUCACUUCAGGAAAUUCUCAUCCAAACUUGAGUAAACUGCCAGGUCCUUCGGUAUCUUUGAAACAGAUAGCCCCUCCUUUAUACAUUCAAGCAUGGUUGACAAUGGGGAAGAUAUGCUUAGCAGAUGGGAAACUCGCCAAGAGAUAUAUUCCUUUGUUUGUGCAGGAGCUUGACAGGAGUGAUUGUGCAGCCCUUCGGAAUAAUCUUAUAGUUACUAUGGCUGACUUUUGUGUUCGCUACACUGCUUUAGUUGAUUGUUACAUAUCAAAGAUCACCAAAUGUCUUCGAGAUCCCUGUGAACUUGUGAGAAGGCAGACAUUUAUAUUGCUCUCCAGAUUGUUGCAGAGGGACUAUGUAAAGUGGAGGGGAGUACUCUUCCUUCGGUUCCUUCUAUCCCUGGUUGAUGAGUCUGAAAAGAUAAGACAGCUUGCUGAUUUCCUCUUUGGGAAUAUUCUAAAAGUCAAAGCACCACUUCUAGCUUAUAACAGUUUUGUGGAAUCGAUUUAUGUUCUCAAUGACUGCAACGCACAUAAUGGAUCUAAGAAUUCCCUGAUGGAGAACCGGCUUUUUUCCAUUAGAGGCAGUGACGAAAAUUCACGGUCUAAACGAAUGCACGUCUAUGUCUCUUUGCUGAAACAAAUGGCCCCAGAGCACCUCUUGGCGACAUUUGCAAAGUUGUGUGCUGAGAUUCUUGCAGCUGCAUCAGAUGGCAUGCUCAACAUAGAAGAUAUCACAGGACAAUCUGUUCUGCAGGAUACUUUUCAAAUUCUUGCCUGCAAAGAGAUUCGAAUUCCAACUGGUCGUGGAUCACAAACUGACACUGGAGACAUAGAGGAAGAAGGUGGAGAUGGUGGAGCCUCUGCAGCAGCUGCCAAAGGAAGGGCUAUUACUCAAGCAAUCAGGAAGGGUCUUAUCCAAAACACCAUCCCCAUCUUCAUAGAACUUAAACGGCUACUGGAGAGCAAGAAUAGCCCCCUCAUAGGCUCUCUCAUGGAAUGUCUCCGGAUUCUGCUCAAGGACUACAAGAAUGAGAUUGACGAAAUAUUGGUUGCUGAUAAGCAACUCCAGAAAGAGCUUAUUUAUGAUAUGCAGAAGUAUGAAUCAGCCAAGGCCAGAAUAACCGCUGCUGAGGCUGUUGCCACUAUGCAAAACCCAAGUACCUUUCUUUCUCCUCGCCCUCCUAACACUGCAAGCAGAACAGAAACUCAAAAUAAUUUCACAGAAAAGUUGCAUAAUGAUUCAAGAGUGGCUUCAGCAAUGGCAGAUGCUGCUGCUGCUGCUAAAGCUCGGUCUGUGCUCAAAGAAGUGAACAAAGGAACAGUGACACCACCACUCAGUUCCAUCAGUGUACCCAAACUCAAGUCAAACCAGGGUGCAAAUGGUGCCCAAAACGAUAGACCCUUGUAUGUAUUGGAAUCUUUGAGAAGGCGACAAUCUUUCAAUUCUGAUGAUGAAAGCUGAUUCUGUAAUUUAUUUUCCCGUACAGUAACACAUUCUUCGAAGAAAAAAUUUAAUCUUCAGCCCAGAAAAAAAAAAAAAAAAAACCAUAUGUAGGGGCAGAACUGAGUUAACUUGAUUGUAUAUUCCAAUUGUACAUUAUGCAUACAAGUCUACCAAUAAAUGAGAAUUACGACUCUAUAAUUAA